AUGCCUAAUGUAGUGGUUUUACAGUCUGAGCAUGUGCUUGACUCUGGAAUACUCUUCGUUGAAUGGGCGCCGCAGUUUGAUUGGCCCAUAGCUAUUUCGUCGAAAGUCUCCAAGGGCCUAGUGGGCUUAGGAGUCCUGCCAAUGCUUCCAAAAAGCCUUCAGGUCACUGUUUUGUUUUUGUUAAACUUUUUAUUGCGUACGCUAGAAAAUGACCUGUGCAGAAUUUCGUUUCUGCUCGAUACUCUCUCCUCUGCUUUCUGUCUUCGGAAUUCUUGGGUCCACGGCAUUGGCCGGCGGAUUCCCACGAACACGAGAUCGUCCGAUGUUUCAUCGUUUCCAAUCGCUUAUCCUUCCUUUACGAGUUCGCUGUCUCUGGGUUCCCUUGUUUAUAAGAGCGCCGAUGUUGAAUUUCUUGUGGGAAUUCAAAAAUCUUGGGUAAUAAAGAAUGAAGGAAGGGCUGAUCGACUUGGCGGGGUUUACAAUCUUGAGAAGAAGUCAGGAUCGAGGGUGUUUCACGGCAGGAACUGUAAACAAUUUGGAGGGGAAACCUGCUCGGUCUGGCAACGGGAUAUCAAUGAAAUCGUCGCUCCUACUGAUAAAAGUAGUCAGUCCCUCAGCCACGAUAAGGUGUCCAAGUAUUCGUUUUGGACGGAGCUGGGUGGCCAGGUUAAAGUACUGGUCAGGCGGAAGGACUUGACCUACGAACUGAGGGUUGAGGUGUCCUCAUUGCCUGCUGAGACUGGUGACCAUGAUUUGUUCCUAAAUUGGGGUAUGUUUAGAUCAGACUCCUCUUCUUGGGUGGUCCCAGAGCAUCAAAGUUUGCCUCCUGGUGCAAUCUGCGUUCAAUUAGAAAAUGGGCAGGAUUCAGUGCAGAUGCCUUUCGAGAGGAAAAACUCAUAUUUAUUUGCAUUGAACUUGUCAUUCGACUUGAAAAAGGCUCCAUUUUAUUUAUCAUUUCUCCUACAUCGACAACCUAAUGCCUCCAUCAAGGAAUCUUGGAUAAGAAACCACUUGAGGCAAAAUUUUUGUGUGCCUGUGGGUAUUGGAAGGGGAUUCCCUGAACCCCUUGGUGCUACCUUCUGUGAUGAUGGUGCUACAAAUUUCGCUUUAUUUUCAAGGAAUGCUGAAAAUGUGGUCUUGUGCUUGUAUGAGAAGAAGACUAGCGAACCAUCUUUAGAGAUUGAACUAGACCCAUAUGUCAAUCGAACAAGUGAUAUUUGGCAUGCGUCAAUCGAAAAUGCCGACCGAUAUUCAUGUUAUGGCUAUCGAUGUAAGGGAACUACUCUUUGCGACAGCGAUAGUAGGUUCCAUGUGCGGCGUGUCCUUUUGGAUCCAUAUGCUAAAAUAAUUAGCAACUUAAAUUCUGGUGAAUCAGUUUCGCUUGUGGAUUGUCUUGGGAGUUUUGAGAGGGAUGUUCCCUUUGAUUGGGAUGGAGACAGCCGUCCAUGCACGCCAAUGGAGGAAAUGGUCGUAUAUCGGUUGAAUGUACAACGCUUUACAGAGGAUAUAUCUAGUGAAUUACCUAGUGCUGUUGCUGGCACGUUUCUUGGUGUUGUUGAGAAGCUAGAUCAUUUCAAGAAGCUCGGUGUAAAUGCAGUUCUUCUAGAACCAAUUUUUCCAUUUAUUGAGGAGUACGGACCUUAUUUUCCAUAUCACUUCUUUUCACCAAUGAACUCAUAUGGGCCUCUCGGUGAUGGGACAUCAUCAAGCAAUUCAAUGAAGGCCAUGGUUAAGGCGUUGCAUGAAAACAAAAUUGAAGUUCUUUUAGAAGUCAUUUUUACUCAGACUGGAGAAGGAAGAGAUUCUACUUCUCAGGCAACGUCAUUUUCUGGAAUUGACAAUUCUUCUUAUUACAUUGUUGAGAGGAAUCCCAAAUCUGAAGCUGUCCGUCGUUUAAAUUGCAAUACUCCAGUGGUCCAAAGGAUGAUUAUGGACAGUCUUCGGCAUUGGGUGAAUGAUUAUCACAUUGAUGGAUUUGUUUUCGUUGACGCUGCAUCACUUAUUGAAGGGCCAUCUGUGGGGCUUUUAACCCGAUCCCCUUUGAUUGAGGCUAUUUCUUUUGAUCCAGUUCUUUCCAAAACCAAGCUGAUAGCUGAUGGCUUCUCUCCUGUUGAGGCAUUGCACAAGGACAUUUCUUUUCCACAUUGGAAAAGGUGGGCAGAGGUUAAUCCAAAAUUCUGUUACGAUGUGAGAAAGUUUUUGAGGGGUGAAGGUCUUUUAAGCAAUCUUGCAACUCGUCUUUGUGGAAGUAGUGACAUCUUCUCAGAUGGUAGGGGACCUGGAUUCUCGUUUAAUUUUAUUACAAGGAACUUUGGGCUGUCACUUGUGGACUUGGUCUGUUUCAGUAGGACUGAGAGUUCGGAAGAGUUCAGCUGGAAUUGUGGUGAAGAAGGUGCAUCGAGUAAAAGUAGUGUUCUAGAAAUACGAUUGAGACAGAUUCACAAUUUUCUGUUCAUCCUCUAUGUGUCGCUUGGUGUUCCUAUUGUCAAUAUGGGUGAUGAAUAUGGUCAAUCAACAGGAGGGUCACCACUCUAUAUUAACAGGAAAUCAUUUGAUUGGAGUGGUCUGCAUACAGAUUUUGGUAUUCAAACUUGUCAGUUCCUUACAUUUCUUAGUGCAUUAAGGAAGGAGAAGCGUGAGCUGUUUCAGAGGAAGAAUUUCGUAGAGGCUGGUUACCUAGAUUGGCAUGGACCUAAUUUAACUGAGCCACUGUGGAAUGAUGCAUCUAGCAAGUUCCUUUCCGUCACUGUGAAAAAAAAGAAGGGUGAGAGGGGUUCAAAGCUCAUUGCUGGAGAUUUAUAUCUUGCCUUCAAUGCUUGUGAUUGCUCAAUAACAGUUGGUCUUCCUCAACUUCCAACAGACCUGGCAUGGUUUUGUCUAGUUGACACUGCUCUUCCAUAUCCCACAUUUUUCUCAAUGAAGGGUUCUCCCCUUGAUCAGCCAGCUACGAGAUCAAGCUAUGAAAUGAAGUCCCACAGCUGUGCUCUUUUUGAAGCCCAACCAUCACCUAUUCCAUAAUUCUCGGACAAGAUUUUUCAACCACCUGGCUAAGGGAUUGGACUUAGCACCUUCAAGUUGCAGGGGUUCAAAGAUGCUUUGGCUCAAACUGGUUGGCAUCUGUCUAUUGUUAGCUUGCCUAUAUAAAGGAAAAAGGUUGUCUAUGUCUAUAUUGUUGUUUCCAGUAGCAUUUCAGAUGGUUUCCUUGUGUUUGUAAUCAUACAUAAGAUAAAAAUCCUCCGAUGUUUUUGAACAUCAAUUGUAUUCUUUUGAUGUCUUUUCUGCUCUUUUAUCUAGAGUGACACGAGUUAUAUACAAAUAAAAGAAAUGGACAAUCAAUUGUCCAUUCUGCUGUAAAUAUCUGACAUUCUAUUAAAUGUCCUAUCUGACACUCA